CUGCCUGGCACCCUGUAAAGGGCCAGCCGGAGCUGCAGAGGAUCAGCACGCGGAUCGCCCAGCCUCUGCCCACAGCUACCAUGAAGGUCUCCGCCGCUGCCCUCGCUGUCCUCCUGACGGUGGCCGCCCUCUGCGCUCCUGCGUCUGCCUCCCCAUAUGCCUCAGACACCACGCCCUGCUGCUUUGCCUACAUCUCCCGCCCGCUGCCCCGCACCCACGUCCAGGAGUAUUUCUACACCAGCAGCAAGUGCUCCAUGGCAGCAGUUGUCUUUAUCACCAGGAAGAACCGCCAGGUGUGCGCCAACCCAGAGAAGAAGUGGGUGCGAGAGUACAUCAACGCUUUGGAGUUGAGCUAGGGUGGAGGACGCCUUGAACCUGAACUUGCGCCAACUCUGCUUCUCGCUCUUGUCCUAAGCAGCUUGGGAGGCUCCCCCGCAGUGCCCUCCUCCCACCCUCUCCUGGGAAGGCACAGAUUCCACCCCACGCAGCAGCAGCUGCUGUAAAAGCCCUCCAGUGCGCCUGGGGCUCUGCCCUUGUGCACAGGAGGUCUCUAAGCUCCAAGCUCCAGAGCCCCUGCCCAGCCACCGCUCUGCAGUCAGAAAGGAUGCCGACGUCUCUGGAGGGGAAGGAGGGCGGGAGACUGGGCUCCUCCGGUCAUGGCCCGUGACCAGAGCCCCCAUCUCGGCCCCUCACUGGGGAGGGCUAGACUGGCAAAUGAGAAGAAAUCAGCUGUUCAUUAAAAUUCUCCAAGCGAUUGCAAA